AGUUAAGAGUACCACCACGAUGAAACUCCGUCUUGCCUUCUUCUUAAUAAUUUCCAGUUACACUUUAACGCACCGUGUCGCGUGUCACGAUGGUGUGUACAAACUUGCCGAGACGAAUUCAAAAGUAGACGUCAAGUCGAUCGUGCCUGAAAGAUUUAUGCAAAGUGUAGAUGCUUACGUCAGACGGGAAGGGCAUCAACCCGUCAGAGGAACAAAGAUAAACCCAAAAAGAAACCCGGGACUCUUCAAACUGAUCGUCUCCAAAGUACUGGACGAAACGAUGAGAGUUCUCGACAAAUUCACCGUCCUGGUAGUGGCGAUGGUCGAAAGAAACAAGACCAGGCCGUCGCUAGAGUUCGUUUUGGAUUAUAUUGAACUUAGAAUUUCCAAGUUGAGUGGCUGUUUGGAAUUUCUGUUCGACAACGGAGCCAACGUGACGGAUGCGUUGACCGGGUAUAUUUUCUACAGUGGUUUCAAAUAUCAUUUGUUCAAAACCUACAACGGGGGAUAUUACACUUACCAGAACAUUACUGAAAUGAUGUUGGUUCGAAUGGACCAGCAACAAUGGCUGAUGUACUUGCAACGAGUGCCGACAGUGGAAACGUACCAAGACUUAUACACGGAUGUGGAAGAGUCCUUGGAAGACAUUUAUAAAGUUUACCGACAGACGGUUGGAAAUUCCACCGAGUGGUUGUCGCCCCAGAGUUUAAAGUGGACAAAAUUAUUAGAAUCUAACACGAGUUUCGCAAAUCUUUUUAAAGAACUUCCAGUCGAAGACAAUGAAAGUGUAUACGAUCAAUAUUUACAAAUUGCGCGUGAGUUCGAUUCGGUGAAAGUGAUGGAUUUUUAUGUUAAUAUUGGAAUAGCGCUGAACGGUAUCAUCAUGGAAACGGCCACCGACAUGAUGAAAGCGUUUUUUAAUCUCAUAUUGCGACUCAUCGCAGACUUUUCAAACAGAGACAACAGCUUUAGACAGAUCAGCCUAGCUAUCGAAUGCGUAGAAAAUUUCUUAAAGUCGGUACAUUAUUUCCAUAAUUGGAUGUCUUACAGUAAACGACUUAAGAGUUCAGAAACAUUAGAAAGUACCCCGGAAGUUCAAGUGCUACAGGAAUACGUUAACUAUUGUAAGACAUACAAUUCAAUCAACUUCCCCAACACAGUGGCGGAGUUUUUACAAGUAUUCAAGACAAUUUACGGAAAGCAUUUUCCAGGUAUCGAACUCGAUACGGCAAGGAUUACCACCAAGUUGAUGCAAGGUUCCAUCACUCAAAUGAAUAUCAUCGACAACAUGGUGAUGCAUAUGGAAGUAAUGACAAAGCUGCUUGAAGAAACGUCUGGUCGUUUUAGAUAAAUAGGAUCCGUACGUUUGUUUAAAAACAGCUUGAUGGUCUAUUUUUAGAUAAAAAAGGACCAUCGAUAUAUUAAAAUAAAUACAAUGUUCAGUUUUUAUUUAGAUUUUAUCUUAUUAGUAAUUAGUUAAAUUGAAAUACAUGUAUAAACUCUUUUUCCCCAUUUAACAUAAAAUAAUUUGCAACAUAUAUUUUCACACUAAUUUCUCCUUAACUUGUUAAUCGUUCAAUAUUCUGUAAACAGUAAAAUUAAUUAUUUAAUAUUCCUAUG